AUGGCGGACAAUGCGCAAUUCCAGUUUGGAGCUGCUGCAGGUAAUGAGUCAAUUUUGGGUCAAGCCGAUACCUUAUGGAAAAUGCUAGAUGAUCUAGCUGACAACCCAGAGGGGUACAGAAAAUUGAUAGACAAUGUUAUCAAGGAAAAAAAGAAACACUGGAAGCCUCCUGAAGCAGUAUUCUGUUUUCGUACUGUCAAGUUACCAGAAACAAGCAAUCACCAUGUCUUCAUCAACAUUUGCAAAUGGGAACGUGUAUCGAAACCUAAAGAGGGGGACACCAAAAUAUCUGUGGUAGCCAGCAACUUACGAGAUUUACCCGAAGUCAACUCGAAACAUUCUGUCAUGGAUAUUUGUUUUCACAAUGAUAUCAUUGACCAAACAAAGAAGGAUAUUCAAGGUUGGAGAUAUGUUGCCUCGUUAGCACUUGACUACAUUGAGAAACAAGCUGGUAUUAAAUUAUCUACAGCUUAUAAGAUACUAACCAUUAAAUACAAAGGAAAUAUAGACGAACUGAAGAGGUAUUUAUUCACCAGCCACUUUGGGAAGGCACCAUCUGGGACAACUAAACCAGACAAUAGCACCUCAGGUGAAACUGAGAGUGGAUCGAUACUUGAAGGACUUUCCAAAAUUGUGAUGAAUGGAGAGGAUCCAAAGGCAGGUGGAAUAGCAAGAAAAAUUCAGGGCUCGCCUGGUGAAAAGAGAGAUGGAAAUAAACCGAAGAGGCUGCUAAUCCAGGAAAUGUCAACUAGUAGAAAAGAGAAAGUAACAAAAGAGGAGAAUUUCCCUAAGCAUCACAUCGAGAUGGUGGAGGCAACAAAUGAAAAACCCAAAUGCAUCAUGAUUAAGGUUGAGUUACCACAGAUCAACUCAGGGGCUGAAUGUGCACUUGAUGUUUCAAAGUAUGAUCUUGAGUUGUAUUCUGACAAAUUCCCGAAGCUCCAUCUGCAACUACCACAAGAAGGGAAUGAGGACAAGACAACAUCAACUUUUAAUAAAUCCACUCAUGAACUAACCAUUAUAAUUCCUUUGGCAGAAACUUGACUAAACUACAUUAAAUUAUCUAUAGACUGUAAACUUGAUACACUUGAUAUUUGUAAUUACUUUCAGUAUGG